CAACAGUGUAAUCAGAGUAAGAAAAAAUGAUUAGACCUGGAUCAGUCUUAUUUUAUGUUAAUUAUGAUUAUUCACUGUCCUUCCAAAUUCAUCCAGUAUAAGUGAGCAUUUUAAGAAAUGGGCUGAAUUACAGUUGGUUUGUUGCUGUCCUGCUAUAAGUCCUAAUGACAGCUCUAGUUUCCACACAGACUCCAGACCAGUUACUUCAGUCGCGUCAUCGUUGGCUGUGUGUUUGUCUGUCUGGAAGAGCGAACAAUGGUGAUUGGCUAGUGCUGGAGAAACUCUGCCCCCUUGCCUUUCUGCCCUCUCUCUCUCUCUCUCUCUCUCUCUGUGAGUGUGUGUGUUACCGAACGUCUGGGAGCAGCAGGAUGUGCGAAUGAAGGAGAGUGAGACAGAUAAACAGACAGAGACAGACAGGCAGACAGAAGUUCAACUCAGUCCGGAGGAGGAGAACCCAGCCUUCACACAUGAAGUGACAGAGAAAACCUGGACCAACAAUGUCUGUCUCCCCAAGUAGCAGUGAUGCGUGUUUAAGCAUCGUUCACAGCCUGAUGUGCCACCGGCAGGGAGGGGAGAACGAAGGUUUUGCUAAGCGUGCCAUCGAGAGCUUGGUGAAGAAGCUGAAGGAGAAGAAAGAUGAGCUGGACUCUCUCAUAACAGCCAUCACCACCAAUGGAGUCCACCCCAGCAAAUGUGUGACAAUCCAGAGGACGCUAGACGGCCGGCUGCAGGUGGCAGGACGAAAAGGCUUUCCUCAUGUCAUAUACGCUCGGCUGUGGCGCUGGCCAGACCUCCACAAAAACGAGCUUAAACAUGUCAAGUUCUGCCAGUACGCCUUCGAUCUCAAGUACGACAACGUGUGCGUCAACCCCUAUCACUACGAACGGGUGGUUUCUCCUGGCAUCGUUGGACUGAGUUUGCAAAGCCCAGGCAGGCCCAUAAAGGAAGAAUAUAUCCAUGACUGUAUCCAGAUGGAGGGUCCGUCCAGAAUGCCCUCCCAGCAGGACCACCAUGCAACAGACCACUACAGCCAACAGCUGCCCCCACUCCAGCUUGCCCCUGAACCCCAUCAUCACCCCCCUCCCUCAGUAACCCUCUACCCCAGCCUGCCCCUGUCACCACCUGUGAGCAGUUCCAGGAUAUCCCUACAGGGGAGUCGUACUGAAGGUCUACUGCAGAUAGCUUCUCCUCCCAGCAGGGCUUUACCCUCCAGUUCUCCCCCCACUACCCCCACUGCCACACACCCACCAACACACACAAAUACACACACACAGGCUUCCACCCAGCAACCCGCUGUCAGCCAGGGUGACUACAGUACCCCCAAACACACACAGACACAGACCUCCUACCACACUACGACUUGGACAGGCACAAGCACUGCUUCAUACACUCCCGUGGGAGCCCAACAGAAUGGGCGGAAUCAACAGGCAGCCCCUUCCCACCAUACUGGUCAUUUUUGGUCACAACAUCACACUCCAGCCUCAUACCCACAGCCAGUCUCCAACCAUCCAGGUCCUGAGUUCUGGUGCUCAAUCUCCUACUUUGAGAUGGAUAUCCAGGUGGGGGAGAUGUUUAAGGUGCUGGCUAACUGUCCCAUGGUAACUGUGGAUGGGUAUGUGGAUCCAUCUGGAGGAGAUCGCUUCUGUUUGGGGCAGCUCAGCAAUGUGCAUCGCACUGACGCUAGUGAGAGAGCACGACUUCACAUCGGUAAGGGCGUGCAGCUGGAGUGUCGUGGUGAGGGGGACGUGUGGAUGCGCUGUCUGAGUGACCACGCUGUCUUCGUGCAGAGCUACUACCUGGACAGGGAGGCGGGGAGAGCACCAGGAGACGCUGUGCACAAGAUCUACCCAGGUGCUUACAUAAAGGUUUUUGACCUCCGUCAGUGCCAUAGGCAAAUGCAACAGCAGGCAGCUACUGCGCAGGCGGCCGCAGCUGCGCAGGCUGCAGCAGUGGCAGGGAACAUUCCCGGGCCAGGCAGUGUGGGAGGCAUCGCCCCCGCUGUCGGUUUCUCAGCGGCGGCGGGUAUAGGUGUGGAUGACCUGCGGCGUUUGUGUAUAUUGCGGCUGAGCUUCGUGAAGGGCUGGGGGCCGGACUAUCCACGCCAGAGCAUCAAACAGACACCUUGCUGGGUGGAGGUGCAUCUCCAUCGGGCCCUGCAGCUGCUAGACGAGGUGCUGCACACAAUGCCCUUUGCUGACCCUGGCUCUGCCAACUGACCUGAGGACAGAGCUUAUAAUGAAAGACAGCGGUAUUACUGCAGCUCUUUCAGACCGCCGCAGACCCUGAACCAGAGAGAGAGAGAGAGGGAUGGAAAGAGAGAGGGAGAAGGAGAGAUGGUGAUACGCUACAUAGCUUCUCUCACAUACACAGCACGUCCGCAUGAGCAGACAGUGACUCAUGGAAGCGGGCUAGAAACACGCGAGCUUUCCACUGCCACAGCCAGCAGACUGAGCAGACGGACCUCCACGCCGCACUGACCAGUGUUUAGUCCCCUCGUGGCACUGUUGACUCCAUUACCAUGGAACUGCAGACCAGAGGAAGAGAGAUGUUUCAAAGCCCAGGUGAACGUAAGGCCUCGGAGGUGAAGUGUUCAGCAGUGUGCACUCGUGAGGGACCACUGCAACCUGUGGGCCGCCCUGACUGGAACUGGUGACUCAUGAUAUUCUUGGCCCAGAAGAUGCUUUGAGAUGCUGAGUCAUGCUGUAAAAACAGUGAUGACACAGAGAUACCACACACGCAGGUUAAUAGGGAGGUUGAUAAGGAACAGACAAUCUUUAUGUUGGUCGUUUUCAAGUUUUGGGGGUCACAGCACAGGGUUCCUACUAAAGUGCCUUUCUGUAACAAUCAGACAAGCAGUAUUUUAUUGUAGAAAAAAGUAGGUUUUGGUAAAGCCAAAGACGUAGAAGUGAUAAUAAAAUAUUUAUCAGUUUAUUACACCAAAGAAGUUGAUCAUUUUCAGUGUGCAGUACCACAAGGUAUCCUCUGAUUUUGUAAAGCCAUACAUUUUGUAUUACGCAAUCAAAGAGAAAGCAAACCACACCAAAGACUUACCUGAUUUGUUUAAUACAAAAUCUAACAUA